GUUCUCUGCAGCAAUGGAGGAGAGAAGCUAUUACUCUUAGCAGAAGGCCUUCUGAAGAAGCAUAUUGCUUCUCAUAGUUUACAUGAACCGGAAGCUGUUAUUGUAUAUAUUUCCUUAUUAGAGCAGCAAUCUAAAUAUGGAGAUGCCUUAGAACUUCUUACUGGAAAAUUUGGGUCUCUUAUAAUGGCUGAAGUUGAUAGACUACGUUUACAGGGGAGACUUCUUGCUAGAGGAGGUGAUUAUGCUGCUGCAGCCAGUGUAUUCCAGAAAGUUUUAGAACUAAGCCCCGAUGAUUGGGAGUGUUUCCACCAUUAUCUUGGCUGUUUACUGGAGGAUGACAGUAGCUUGUGUAAGGGAGCAAACAAUGACUCUACUUAUCCUCUAAAGCUGAUGCACUCCCAAGUUUCUCACAUGACAGAUGAAGCAUUUGGUUCUCGCCUAUCAAAUGCUUCAUCUCUUGUACAGAAGUUGUUAACAGAGGCAAGUGAUGAUACUGUAAGAUGUCCUUACUUGGCAAAUAUUGAGAUCGAAAAAAGAAAGCUUCUACAUGGAAAAGGUGAUGUGGAUAAGUUGUUGGAGGCCUUGGUACAAUAUUUUUUCAGGUUUGGACAUUUGGCUUGUUUUGCUUCUGAUGUUGAAUUUUUUUUACACAUUUUGGAUCUUGAUAAGAAGACACAGCUUCUGGAGAAGCUGAUGGAAUGCUGUGAGUCUAUUCCAACUAAUCCCAGAAAGACUCUUGGGCAGCAUAUUUCUGUGUUCAAAAUUCAAAAUAUUGUUGGAAGCAUGGUCACUCAUCCCACUAAUGAGCUGGAGACAAUAGCUGUAAAGAUGACACAAAUGUAUUGUGAAAAUCUCCCACUAUCAAAAGAUUUGGAUGCUCAAGAGAGUAUGUAUGGCGAAGAUCUUCUGUCUAUGGCAUGUGACUUGUUGGUCCAGCUCUUUUGGCGUACUAGGCACAUCGGGUAUCUGGUGGAAUCAAUUAUGAUAUUGGAAUUUGGUUUGACAGUACGAAGACAUGUCUGGCAGUACAAGAUUUUGCUGUUGCAUUUGUACUCUUUCUGGAAUUCUCUUCCGUUGGCUUAUGAGUGGUAUAAAACUCUGGACGUGAAGAAUAUUUUGUUGGAAACUGUAUCACACCACAUUUUGCCACAGAUGUUAGCAUCUCCAUUGUUGGCUGAUUCAACAGAUAUUUUAAGGGAUUAUUUAAGAUUUAUGGAUGAUCAAUUUAGAGAAUCUGCUGAUCUUACUUUUCUUGCAUAUCGUCAUCGAAGUUACUCUAAAGUUGUUGAGUUUGUUCAGUUCAAGGAGCGAUUGCAACAAUCAAGCCAGUAUUUGAUGGCAAAGAUUGAAAUACCCAUUCUGCAGUUGAAGCAGAAAGCAAAUAACAUUGAAGAAGUGGAGGGUAUUCUAGAAUGUUCGAAACAAGGAGUUCAGUUUCUUGAACUGUCAGAUGAAAUUGGAAGCAAACCAUUGACCUUCAAUGAAGAAUUGCAGCUGCGGCCCUGGUGGACACCAACGUAUGAUAAAAAUUAUCUUUUGGAGCCAUUUGAAGGAGUAUCUUAUUGCACCGGACAAACCUUGGAUGAUCAAAUCAAAGAGUCUCAAGCUAAAGUGGUUAAAACAAUUGAAAAGAGGUCCCUUUUGCCAAGAAUUGUCUAUCUCUCAAUUCAGUGUGCUUCAUCAUCUGUCAAGGGAAGUGUUGAAGCAAAUGGUUCUGUCUUGGACCCCAAUCUAUCAUCGGAGCUGAGAUUAUUACUUGGGCGGUAUGCCAAUAUCUUGGGAUUUUCCUUCCAAGAUGCUAUAGAGCUGGCUUUUGAUAUUUCGAGUGGCCUUAAGGAUGCAGAGGCAUGGAGCUGCAAUCUGACUGAUUGGAUGAACUUUCUUGUAUUUUUAAAUGCUUGGAAUCUUUAUUCUCAUGAAGUAGAUAGAGAUUCAAAUAAGCAUGGUACUACAUGGCUUCUUGUGAAUUUAAUUCUUAAGAAGUAUAUCCUGGAUAAAGUCAGAUCGAUGGGACCACUAGAGUCAUCACCUGGAUGUGAUCUUCCUCAUCUGGUGCUACUGGUAACUGAACCUUUAGCUUGGCAUAUUAUGGUGAUUCAGUCUUGUGCCAGGUUGUUAUUGCCUUCAGGAAAGAGAAAAAAGAAAGGUGGACCUUCAGAGCACUGUAAUGUUGAGUUGUCUCAAGAAGUACAGGAUUCAAUCCGUUCUGUAUGUGAGGUUAUAGAGCUGGUUAGACAAUGGCUAAAUCAACAAAUAGGCAAGUCGGACAAUGACAAAUCGGAAAUUAUACUUUCAUCACUCCAAAAAGAUGGAGAGUUGGGACCCGGGAAGGUGUACCGAGUUCUUGGAACUUUAACCUCGUCCCCAACAAUUGAUAAGGGCCUUGGUGAUCGGAUCACUCGAGCAUUGCAGUCUUGGAGUCCUGCUGAUAUUACUGGAAGAAUCAUUACUAGUCAGCGCACUGCUUUAUCUAAUUUUCUCAGGAUUUGUGAUUCUAAAAUAAAAUCAUUAGAGGAACUGAAAGCUCAUUUAUAGCUAGUGGAUUUUCUGUGAGUUGCGGGAAAUUGUUCAGAGUGAUUUACUUUGUUUUUCUAGGUAUUAUUUUUUCCCAGUUUUUUUCCAGUUCGACUUAUCUCAUCCAACGUCGCUGUUGUACUCCGUCCAAAUUUUCCUUUUAUGUUUUAGUUAUGUACAAUAAACAUGAAAUUUAUUUUUCGAGUA